CGGGCGGUGUGUUUGAAAGCGAGGCCAAAGAGGGUGGGAGCGCGUGCUGCUGGGAGUUGUUUGGAGGCUGGCGGCGCGGGGCUGAAGGUCUGCAGGCAGAGCGAACAUGUCGCAUAAACAGAUUUAUUAUUCGGACAAAUACGACGACGAGGAGUUUGAAUACAGGCAUGUCAUGUUGCCCAAGGAUAUAGCCAAGCUGGUCCCUAAAACCCACUUGAUGUCUGAAUCUGAAUGGAGGAAUCUUGGUGUGCAGCAGAGUCAGGGAUGGGUCCAUUAUAUGAUCCACGAACCAGAACCUCACAUCUUGCUCUUCCGACGGCCACUACCCAAGAAGCCAAACAAAUGAACCUGGCGAGCCACCUUUCAGCCUCAAGCUUACACAGCUGUCUUUCCUGCUAACAUCUCUCUGAUAAUCCGAUUGUGUUGCCUUCUCGCUCCUCACUUUGAUAUUUAAAGGAUGUUCAAUACACUGUUCGAAUGUGCUGGCGACUGCCUUCUCGAAUACAGCCACCACCACCAUAGCCUGCCACGCGAGUCCCUGUGGGCGCAGCCUCAGCUCAGUGUGCCCCAGAGCCACGGUGCUGUUUCCACAGGACAUUCCCAACAGGCAGAAGCAUCUGAGACGCAGACACAGACCGGGGCUUUUGGGGGAUUGCAUAAACUUGCUGCUUUGUGUUUUCCUGCUGGGUACUGCGGAUGGUGAUUUACGGAUUUGUGUUUCAGUGUAUUAGAAACUUUCCAUUUUAUUUGAGAAAUCUGUUCAACGUUAAAGCCUUGAUUAAAGAAGUUUUUAUAAUCUGA